AUGGCCCACGACGGGUCACCCCCGAAAGGGAGGGAGCCCUUUCACCUCCCCAAAGUAAUCACGCGCACCACACGCCUUCACGAAGACAGAACCCUUCCAGAACUGGUCGGCUGGGAAGGCCUCUUGGGACAGAAUGCAAUCAGGGAGCGGAGUGCGCGGAAUUCCCGCAACAGAAGCAAGAGCGAUCACGAGCGACAGAGAGAGCUCCGCCUUCCCGAGGUCUCGCCCGAGAGCUCCAGGGAGGACGUCGGACGCUAUGGCGCCGUACGGAGCACGCGGACGCCGCCGCUGGUGUCCGUCGCCAGAGCUGACGUCAGCAGAGCUGCUGACCUCAGAAAAGCUGAGGUCAGCGGUAGAAAGCUGGUGGACGCCGUCGUAGGGAGGGAGGAGAACAUGCGGCCAAACAGUAGGGGGGUGGUCUUUCUGAAACCGCUAAAUGUGAGGGAGAAUGUGGAAAAGGAGGGGGACUGGCUUUCCUCCCCGCACCUAGUUGCCACCCCAGGCCAGCUGACAAAGCUGCCCCUCCAGGAGUGGCGGGAGCGGCGGCCGCUUUCUUCCGGGGGGGUGGUGACAUCACGCAGCGACGAUGACAUCGUACUGACGCACUCUGUGAGCUCGUCGCUGUUAAAUCUGAGCCCUCGCUCAAUGGCAAAAGUCCGGGGGUCGUUGGAUUACAGUCCAGGAAGUCAAGCUACGGAGAAGAUCAGGGCCGGGGGGGAGUUACAAAUGGGGGGUCAAAUGGCGGAGACAAUGGGGGUUUCGAUGGAAUCCAAGUGGGGGGGGCAGGUGACAGAGGAAACAGGGGGGAUGCUGAGCUCGAUGGAAGCGAGCUGGAGGAACGAGAAUGAGUACUUUGCGGUGGGCGCGGCGCAGCUGAGUCAGGGCAACUCGGGGCCUCUUUCUGAAUUCGGGCAAGAUCAAGAUGGGGGGGUAACAAUGGACAUUGAGCGGGGCAUGACGGACCCCCUGGAAACGGCGGAGGAGUUUGGCUUGCCCCCUGGGAAGCGGAAAGCGGUGUGGGCGCCAGAGAUGCUGAGCGCCAUUCCCCGUGGCAAGACCCCGAUCUCCAUCAACGAGUCCGCUGCCAACACCGCCAGUCACGUUAUCAAGCACGAGCUCGAAGGCACCCUCCUCAGCACACAGCCCCCCAACUCCCCCCACCCCCCCCCAAAACUCCCUUACAAUGUGCCCCCCCCAUUAGCAUCUUCCCCGCCCAUACCGGACUUCCCCCUUGACAUCGACAGCCAGGGGACAAAAUCAGAAUUGGUACCCAUGUCCCCUACCUCGCACUCCCCCCCAGAGCCCGUUUCUCCGCGAACGAUUGGAAAACCUGCCGUGGGUGGUGCGUCGCAAUACAAGAACUUGCCGCGAGAAGUGCGGACGGGGGAGGAUGCGGUCAAGUAUUUUCUGUCCCGGGGGGGGAGCUCUGCGGGCCCGCAACUGCUGUUUCUGGACUACGCGUCAAAACGGGCGAUCGGGGGGUUUGAUCCGUAUGACCUACAGGUCGUUCCGCCGUCGAUGGCCGGAUCCGAGCACUUCACCAUGUCCGCGUCCGGAGUCGUGCACCUGAUCGAGGGCGAGACGUCCGAAUCCAUUCCGCUGUCCGUUUGGAUCCAGCGGAAGUCCGUGUACAACCUGCUCAAGGGGAUCACCUUCUUUGGCAAGUUUCCGCUGGUCAAGGCUUUCAACACGUGGCGAACGCUGGGCCGACGGGAGCGGUUCGCGGCCGCGAGCGCGGUCGUCCAGGAGAAGCUCCUGAUCUGCAGUUCGGACCGAUUCCGGACGGCGCUCCUCAAUGUCAAAGCGGAAGCGACACGCAUAGGGAAUAUCGCUAUUGGUUCGCUAUUGUCCCGAUUCGGCCCGCCGCCGUAUCACGAGAAGCACUUCAACUCGCUGCGCGACAGCGAGUGCAAGGGAGCGGCCGCGGCCGCGGAGGAGGUCGCCUCCAAAGUGCUGAAAGAAGUAGAGAGCUGUUGCAAGGCCGUUAUUCGCGAGGUGGUCGCCGCGAACGCCCCCCCCGAGCAGUCCGCCAGCAAGCGGCUGAAAAAGUUUGAGCUCCCGGACAAGAGCUGGAAGGCGGAGAGCACUUCGUACCUCAAGCAGCAGCGCGCCGACCAGGAGCGGGCGCGCGCGCGCGCGCUCUGGCACCACCGAAACCUCGGUGUUUUCGUGCGGUGCGCGGACGCGAUUCUCCUGGGGGAAGUGGUGCAGGCGGCGAGGACGCACUGUCAGCUGUAUCUGGACGCGGUGGCCACGUCGCGGCCGCGAGGCCUGCUUCACCUCAGCGCGUCGGUGGAGCAAGUCCCGGCCGCGGCAGCCGCGCCUCAAAACCCCGCACCCGAACUCCCCGCGGCCGGCCGCGACACCCUGGGGCAAGCGUCGCUCGCGGUCAGAGUGUUGGACCAUGAGGGACUGACUUCAGACAUGGACGUCGAUCCGAGAGUCCGGACAACGGAGGGAGUGAUAACGUCAGCCGUUGACCAGGAGCUAACGUCAUCGAGGAUUAGCAGCAGUAUCAACGACCGGCUGAAUGGCAUUCGAGCUCAGCUAGAAGUCCCAGCCAAAGGGGAAUCCUCUGCUACUCAAACGCCGUCUCUCCAAAAGUCAUCCUUGGAACCGGUGGGGCUUUCGACACGAACAAUCCAAAGCCCGCCCCAAGAGCCGUCGAACCCGUCUCCGUCGAAUGAGGGUGUCGAAGCGGGCCACUCGGAACCCGCCACGCGUGUGGUCUUCGACCCGUCGUUUGCUGACGUGGCACAGAUGCUGGAGGGAGUGCUCCAGGGGAUCGUGCGCGCGCUUACGAGCGGGUCUGUGAGGCUGACCCACGCGAAAGAGCUGCAACCGGUGAUGGGAAACUUAAGCCGAGUAGCGCUCGCGUAUCCGAAGAUUGGUUUUGCUCCUCGCAAGCAAGCUGCAACCGGCGAUGGGGAAUUUGAGCCGAGCAGCGGUCGCGCAUCCAGAGGCAAUUGUACGCGAAGCGUGGACUUGGAAGCCGUAUCCAACGGCUGCUUUAAUGGAGUAAAGCUGAUGACGUCAUUAAACUGGGCUCGCAUCGUCAUUCUACGAACUGAUGCGCAGACGGUCACUCUCUUUCCGCAGGCGAUCGUCUGCGAAGCGGUGGACUUGGAAGGCCUCAUCCAACGGCUGAGAGACUCGGUCCAGUGCCACGUGGAACGAGUCGUCGCCAGCGAGGCCGUGGCCCCUUACGUCAGCACGCGCGCUCAGUGCGACUUCGCAACGCAGUGGACUCCCGUAGGAUACCUGGCGUCGAAUCCGUCCCCCGCGGACUUUUGCCGCGACGCGGGCCGGAUGCAGGGCUGGCUGGUCGCCGUGCAAAAGGCCAAGACGAGCUUCGCGACGGAACUGCUCAUGGUCGAUACGCAGAAGGUGGACACGCAGAGAGUGAAGGCCAAGCUGCUGCCUCUAGCGGGGGCGACUCUGCAUGGGCUGGCUGUGCUUAUGGGAGACGAGCUCAAGAAGAAGAUCGAGGCUUGCAAGUCGACCAUGGAGGCUGCGAUCGCCCAGCUGCGCAGCAUGCCCGUGGAACUAGAGGCGUUCCUAAAGUUUGUGGAGGCGGUCCAACCACACCUCGCGAAGGGGGACGCCGCGCAACAGCUCAAGGCUGACGUGGACGCGAUCGGGGCCAUGAAAGAUCUGCUAGCCCAGGCAAGAUUUAUCCCGGACCCGGCCGCGUCCAAAAGCGCGCAGGUCGCGGCCGCGUGGCGCGCCCUGAAAGACACGCAGGAGGAAUACGUGACGGUGGGAGAGGUGACGCGCGCGCACAUCAAGAAGCAAGCGGAGGCGGUACACGGGGCGCUCGACCGGAGCGCCACGCAGCUGUGUGAACAGAUUCGGCAGGAGCUCCUCUCUCUGCGCGUCGGCGCAUUCGUCGAUCCCGACGCGUCCCCCCCCCGCGCGCGCGACGCGCUCGCGCAGAAGUCGCGCCGCCUGGACGCCCUCCGCGCGUCCGCAAACAACUGUGAGAAGCAGUACGCGCUGCUGGGCUACGACCCCGACCGGCGCAUACAGCACUUUCUCGCCGCGUGCGAGGAGGUCCUGCAGAGGAAAGUGCGCCUGUGGGAUGCGUUGUGUGAAUGGUCCGCUUUCGUCGCGAAAGCUGACGUAGCACCGUUGUUGAGGAUUGGUGACUUUCUCUCCGGGGGGGAGGUGCGCGCGGCGGUGGAAAGGACGCAGGAUGAGCUCCGAGCGGUACUGGUUCUAAAACAGGACGGGGAUCAAGCGAAGAGUGGGACCAACACCCCGGCGGAGCAAAAGUUUGCGCUUCAGCUCCAAUCCCGGGUCGCCACGUGGCAGGCUAUCCUGCCCGUCCUCACGCGCCUCUGCGACGGCUGCCUCCGCCCGCGCCACCUCGCGCAGUUCCAGAGAGCGCUCGGGCUGGCCGGAGAGGUGUCCGUAACCGCCCUGCUCGGCCUUCCCCUUCGGACGCUCGACGCGGCCGCGGACGCGGCCUUCGCGGUGGCUAGGGAGGAGUCCGUGCUGUUCGACCGGCUUCAAAAGAUGAAGAUGGACUGGCAGAACGUGUACUUGGAGGUGAAGGCGGCGGGUUUAGCGGAGCACAUCAAGUGGCCAGUUCUGGGGGGCCUGCCCGCUUUGAUGCGGCGGUUUGCUGAGAGUCAGGCCGAGCUUGCGCAGUUGACGCGCAAUCCGUUCUGCGGCGGCAUGGCUGGCGAGAUGGAGGAGUGGGAGGACUUUCUUGCGGCGCUCCAGUCGCGCGUGGAGGAUGCGGCGGACUGUCAAGAACUGCUGGACUUCCUCGGACGCGUCUUCGCGGACAGCGACGUCCGAAAGCUGAUGCCGUCCGAAUACCAGCUAUUUGAGAGCCUGUCCAGCCAGUGGGGCGCCAUGAUGACGUCAGUCCAGCUCAAGGCGCACCUGCUCGCGGCCGCGCAGCCGACGUCACCCCUCGCCAAGUGCGCGGCGCUGCGCGACCGGCUGGCCGAGAUCCAGGGCUCCUUUGCGGACCAUUUGGACACGCUGCGGACGGGCUUCCCGCGACUGUACUUUCUCAGCGACCCGGAACUUUUGACUCUGGCGGCAGCGCGCGACUUCUCCACUGUCAGCCACUUAAUCAGCAAGUGCUUCACGGGGGUCUCGUCUGUGGUCGUUCAAACCCGGGGGGGGAACGCGAGUUCCGGAACGGAAGCGGAAGCUUCCGAGCGGAGCUUCGUAGCGGCGGUUGAAGGUCACAAGGGAGAGGUUCUUACGCUGAACCGACUGCUUGGGUCAGUGAGAGUUCCUGCCAGAGUUGACCGGUGGAUGGGGCGGUUGCUGGAGAUGAUCAGAAAGACGCUUGCCGCUCAGACGAAAGAGGUCCUCGACGGGAAGGCGAGCACGCCAGCGGUGCAGAGCGUCCUCCUCGCUGACGCCAUUCAAUGGACCGCUGACGUUGACAACGCUCUCGCGGACGUCAGCAGCAGUGACGCCCCCGAAACUGCGGCCGGAAAGUCAAAAAGAGGUUCCGAGAGACUCGGAUUAGUGUCCAACAAACUAGACAAUCUGUCAGGAGAGCUCAGAAGCAGAACUGAGUUGGAGGCAGAAAGCGGCGACCAGAAGAGUCUGGAUCACUGGAGACUGGCCGCCGUCGAAGCUCGAAAACAGGUGCUCAGGAGAUUGGUGGCGGCUGACGAUGGUUUCUUGGAGUGGAAGAAAGAGCUGCGGUACACGUGGCAGGAGGAAAGCGAUAGUUGUACAGUCCGUAUGGGCGACUUCUCCAUACCGUAUGGGUUCGAAUACCUGGGCGACGAUUCCCAAUCCCCCCUGCCGCUCAUAACCUCCUCCCGAGCCACUCUGUCUCUCUUUUCGGCUCUUAGUACCGGCCAGUUCGUCGCACAACCGGAGCCCGAAGCAGGCGGUGUGAAUACUCUCGCAGAGCUUGCCCGGGCCUGUGGCCGGUUGUAUCUCCCGAGCGUCUGCACAGCGGCCCUGGACUACCGGUCUACUGCGCGGCUUCUGACCGGAGCGGCGGAAAGCGGAGCGUGGCUGUCGCUUUCGAACCUGGACGCCCUCUCGCCUGCAGUGACGUCAGUGCUGACGCAGCAACUCCGUGCGCUUCAGACGGGCAUGACACGUGGCGCCCAACUGGUGUCCGUCGAGGGCGCCGACAUCUCAGUGCAGCCCGGCUUUGCCCUCCCCAUCUCGCUGCCACGUGGCGUCAUCCUAGACCGCCUGCCGCACUUACGGACGCUCGUCGAUUGGACCUGCCGCGUGGUCGAAUCUGACGCGUCCAAAUCCCCGCCCAAACCCUUGCACAAACCCUCCGAUACCAAUAGCCGCAUCGCGGCGCAAGAUCGACAGCGCUUGGAGGAGAUUUUGCGGCAACUGUUAGCGCAGUCCUCGCUGCCGUUCGAUGCGGAAAGCUUCGCGUCGAAGUGCCUCGCCUUGUGUGACGCCCUCUCCCAUUCGACGUCAGUUUUCGUAACGGGGGACGUUCUGAGCGGGAAGACUAGCUGUUGGCGGACACUGGCUGCGGCGCUAGAGGUUCUAAACCGGGUUACAGGUAACCGGGAGGGAGAAAGAGCAAAUAUCCGGGGCGAAGAAGAGUGGGUUAACGUGCGGGUUAUGUACCCCGGGGCGUUGACUCAGGACGAGCUGCUGGGGGAGUAUGGGCAGACUCACCAGUGGGAGAACGGCCUUCUCCCCACCCUCUGCUCCGAGUUUUCCGUCCGUUCAAGCAGCGGAAACGGAACCACAUUUUCCCAGAACUGGGCUGUUCUCGACGGCGACCUCCCGGGCCCUCACUGGGCUCUUCUCGAGCCCCUGGUAGCCGCGAGGGGAUCCCUCUGCUUGCCAACCGGGGAGACGUUCAGGGUUCCUGCUGGCGCGGCGCUGAUCUUUGAAACCUCGGGGGUUUCGGGAUUGACACCGGCCGCGGUAAGCGACGCGAAGAUCGUCCAUUUGGACCGGGAAGAGACGGCCGCGGCGAAAGUGGUGUCAAAGUGGGUGGCGAAUCUGCCGACCGAGGUGUCGUUUCUGAAGGAGCAUCUGGCGGCUCUGGUGGGCGCUGCGGAGCCUCUCUGGACGUUGGGCAGUGAUUUGGAAUCCGGUCCUCGGUUGGAGUACAGUAGGAAUACGACCCACUUUAUCGCGCUGUUCGAGCAGUUAAUGCGGAAGGAUCCCCACGUGGUGGCAGCUAGGAAGCUUUCGCAGUGUGCGGAGGAAAGCGCGACAGAAAAACCGACCGGGGGAGCGGACACCGGACACAUUCUCAGCCGCUCGUUCUCCAUUGACAAGCAACCGGGGAGAUCCCCCAAGCAGCCGAAUGCCCGCCCGGGCAGCGCGGGAGAGGUGGCGGAGGUUAUUUACUCCGCGGAGCGAAUGGCGACGCUGUACUUCGCUUUCUGCGUCUUGUGGGCGAUCGGAGGAAGCGCUUCCGACAGUUUUAGGACCGAGCUUGAAUCGCGUGUGCGCGCGCCUUUGGGCGCGCUGGCGCCGAAGGGCGCAUUCCCACCCCCCGAAAGUGGCUCCCUCUUUGAAUACCGGGUGUGCGGUGUGAAACGGGCCUUUGUGCCGUGGUUGGGGUCAUCUAACCCAGGCGACUUUAGCCCAGUAACCCUGCUCGGUUUGGAGACAACCGGGCACUCUUCCCCCUUGCUUUACGUUCCGACGCUGGAAAGCGAACGCGCCCGAGCAGUGCUUGAGAUGACUAUCGUGGGGGGGCUCCCACCGCUACUGAUCGGACCCCCCUCCAGCAGGAAAAGUUUCAUAAUGCAAGUGGCAGCCAGCAGCCUGGUUUCUAAGGAGAAGUUUACUUCGGCGACUGCCUUCAUGACACGUGGCACGUCUGCAGCUAGCCUUUCGGACGUCCUAAGAGCGCACCUCGUUCCCGGGGGAAAGAGGACGGCUCUUCGGACCCCCCUCGGAAAGAGGCUCCUGGUCAUGAUUGACGACGUCCACCUCUCUCUAGAGGGUCCCAAGUCAGCGAGCGGGGCUCCGGGAAGUCUAGAACUUCUCAGGCAGGUCUUGGGAAGCGGCACGAUGUAUAGCGCUGCGGAGCGGUCCUCGGUGGAAAUCGCCGGGCUGCAGUUGGCCCUAAGUGGAGAGUCCGACGAAGCCAAACUUCCCAACCGGUUGAACGGGAGAUUAUUCACACUGACCUUCAACGACGCGCCUCCGCAGUCGGUGUGCCAAGCCAUCCUGGAGACGUGUCUGGAUAACCUCUCCAUUGGAGAAGCACCACUGCCGUCCGCACAGGAGAUGACGUCAGCGGCGGCAGACGCUCUGGUCGCUGCCCGGGAGCUUUGCAGAGUCCGCUUCGGUUCCGCCCGGAGUCCGGCGGAACGAGCCCACGUGACGUCAGCCAGUAGAAUUCUGGGUUUGGAUGCGUUUGUGGGCGCGCUGCGAGCACUACGUCGGCUUCACGGGUCGCACCAAACGGACGGGAUUCCGGCCGGCGGAACUGUCGUCGAACGGAACGAGCACAAAGCGGGCGACGCUGGGCGGAAGCGGGAGUCUUCGUCCGAUUUGGACGUCCCAAACUUCGUGGGUCUACUAAAGAAGGCCCAGAAGGGCCGCGGUUCCGACGACGGAAAGGAGCCGGAACGCGCGGAACCGGAACGAACCAAGGCCGGCGCCGGGAUUUGGGGAUUGGGGGUUUCGUGGCCGGAGGCGCUGCGGGGCGCGGUGAUGGAGAGCGUCGGCGCGCGCGUGGACGAAGGGUUUAGGGCUUUGCUCGACGGGGCGCUCGCGGCCGCAGUCGAAAAGGCGGGGAAAAAGAUCGCGCUCGCGCGCGCGCCCUUGAUGCCGCUCGCGCUGAAACCUGCAAACCCCUUGCGGCAAGGCGAACGGUCCGUUCCGGGGAGGAAGGGCGGAAGCGGCACGUUGGCGGAUCGCCAGAUUUGGCGUGCGAAGCUGUGGGCGACUUUGGAAGAGGGUAAAGAGAACGAGGAACACGUGGAAGCUGCUAGCGCGAGCCACGUGGCAGCAAAGGGGACAAAGCACGUGCAGUUUGAGGACAGUCCGAAGGCGCAGCGAGGAAAGGCGCCUUUGCGACAGCCAGUCUUGCCAAUACGUCAGCCAGACACGUCGGAAACGUCAGCGAACCCCCUUGAGAGCUUCCCAGAAGCGGAGAUUCAAUUCGCGAAGCUGGUCGACGCUCUCGUAAGGGGGGACGCUUUGGCGGUGAUCGGACCCCCCUGCUGCGGCAAACGGCGGAUGGUGAACGCCGCUCUGAAGUUCCUCGGCUCCGGAGCGGAAGACCUAACGGCAGCGUCUCCGGAUAUGACGUCAGCGGACGUCAUCCGGGAAUUGCGGGAAGCUUUGACUGCAGCAAUGGCCGGGAACUCCGGUAAGGGUUUUGGAAGCGCCAGCUUGUUGCUGGGGAGCGCCAUCUUGAAAAAUGUCGACGUGCUGGCGUGGCUCGCCGACGUAGUCGUCAGCGGGCGGAUUCCCCAAGACGGAACGGAACGGAAGGCAGCGUCCGGCGCGAAAGGCCGGGCCAAGAACCAGCAGAGCUCCGGCAACAAGAUCGGCAGCCGAGAUCAGCCACCGGCGGACGCCCAGUCAAAGCCCGCCACGUGUCCACGCGUGAUUUUCAUCUGCACGGACGCCACGUGGCGGGCGCUGAGAGACGGCUUCCCGGAGCUGCAGAAGACGCUGAGGGUUUGGAGGUUUGACCCGCCCGCGGACCUCGCGGUUAUGGAGUUCGCGGACCAGGGUUUAGGUAGGGUUUGGGACACGCAACCGGAGCAGGCGUUUCGUCAAAGAGCCGACUGGACCUUUUCCGACGAAAAGGGGGGGUACCUCUUGCGCCAAAACAAGAUCAACGACCUGUGGAAAGACCGCCCCGCGGCCCCCCCCGACGCGCCAGACCCCCCGAAGGCGCUCGAGGGUUUCGGCUCGUGGGCGCCCAGUUCGGCGGCCGCAGCCGCGGCCGCGGUGUAUGAGUGCGCGCGCGCGCUCUGGGCGGCGCGGGGUUUGGAGGUCUCGCUCGCCGGUCGCCAGCUGGGCGCGUUCGUGCGGCUCGCGGGCGGCCUCUGGCGCGGCGCGAAGGGGGUUUUGCGGCGGCGGCGCAGGGUUUUGGAGGCGUGCUUGGACCGGUUGCAGGCGAUACAGAGGGGCCUUGUGAGAAGCAAUGACGACGCGGAUGGGCUGCAGCCCGCCCUGGAGGCGUUGCUCGAGCAGAGUACGGCGCUGCUGGCAGAAAUUGCGGCCAAGCAGAAGGCCGUCGAUCUAGAGAGGGCGGAACUGGCACGAGACGACCGGGAACUGCAACUCAAGUUGCGCGAGAUCGAGGCCCUGACGUCCGCCUCCCAAACAGAACUCCGCCGGACGGCGGAAGUGUACGAAGACGCAUUGCUGGAAAUCACGCACCUCGCGCGUGACGACAUGGUCGAGUUAAAAUCCUUUUCGACUCCCCCCCCCCUCGUUAAGACUGUGAUGGAGGCGGUUUGCUUACUGAUGGGCACCCCCCCGGACUGGGAAAGCGCGCGCCGGAUGCUCGCGGACAACGAGGCGCGCAGCCGGAUCGCCGGCCUCGACAAGGACCGGAUUCCGGACAAGACGCUCAAAGCACUGCAAAAGUACGUUCACCACCCCAGCUUCACCCCCGCCGCGGUGGAGCAGGUCAGUAAGGCGUGCUGCUCGCUGUGCAUGUGGGUGCUCGCGGUCGUCGAGUACGCGCGCGCGCGCGCGAGCGUCAAGGAGAAGGGCCGCCGGCUGGGCGCGGUGCAGCGAAAAGUGGACGAGGAGGCGAUCCGGCUGCAGGAACGGCGGCAGCGGCUGCAGGCGGACGAGUCGGAGAUGGGGCGGCUCAAGCGCGCAUAUGUCGAGGUUAUGGGUAAGCAGACGCAGGCGGAAGCGCGGCUCGCUGACGUGUACCAGCACGGCGACCGCUCGAGCCUGCUCCUGCGCCACCUGGCAGGCCGCCGACCAAUCUGGGAGCGCCAGCUGUCAGCCGUGCGCGCGCAGUUGGAGAAUCUGCCGGGCGACGCAAUCCUUGCGGCCGGCAUCGCGACGUUUCUGGGCGCCUUGACACCAGCGGAGAAGAAGGCGUGCUUGGCAGACUGGGCCAAGGGAUGCGUGGAAGCGGGAGUGUCAACGUCGGUGGGACGCGGGUCGAGUUUCGGAUUACGGAGCUGGUUACGGAACGUGACCCCCGCGACGUCAAUCGUGCGUCAGCUGACGGCAACCCCGCCCGCCGGACCGGAAACGGAGCCGGUGGGAGAUGACGUCAUGGAGAAGAUGACGUCAGCGAUAUACGGACACAGGCCGCCGCUGAUCGUGGAUCCGGACGGAGAGUUUGAACGUCUGGGAGGACUUGCAAUCCUGAGCGUCGCAUUUCAGGCGGGGCAAACGGAGCCAAAAUGGGGAAUUACGGGGCCCGGUCCGCACGGUAACGUCAGCACUGCUGACGUGUCAGGGUUCAGGUGGAAGCGGAUCCGCGCGGCGGUCGCGGGCGCGCUCCAAAAGACCCGCGAGGCGCUGGAGAGCGGAGCCAAGGUGUGCCUGCAGAUCGACGGCCCUAGCAGCGCCACGUGGCCGGAUCUGACGGUCGCCGCCGAGGCGUGUGCAUACGCCCAAGAGCUUCAGAAGAAAGCGAAAGCGGAGCGGAAAGACGGGGGCCCUGUAAGCAGCAAUUCCGAGUCCAGCGCGGAUGACGUCGGCGAGGGGCUGUUGCCUCUCGCUGAGCUACGGGGCCCGCAUGACGUCAUCCUGUAUACGACGCACCCCAACCCAGGCGCUUUGCCUGGGUAUGUUAUUGGGCUGUGGAACGUGGUCGACUUCUCGGUGGAAAGUUUCGGGGGCCGCGCGGCGGAAAAUGUGAGUUCCGGCGGAGAUCGGAUGCUGGCCGCGGUAGCGGAACACGUGAUUUCGGAGGUCGAAGCGCGGGGGCGGGUGUUAAGGACCAGUCUGGAAACCAUGAGACAGACUCUCCAAGUCCACGAGGAGCGCAUAGUGUCAGCCUUCGGCGCGCCUCGAGACUCAGACACACCCGAACAGAGUCCCCCCAUUCCGGUAGACGACGCUGUUCUCGUCGAGAUCGAAGAAAACGCGGUCGCGUCAGAGGCGUUGACUCUGCACAUCGAGGGGGCCUUGUUGAUGCUGGAGGAGGUGAAUUUGAGCCGGGAAGUGUACCGACUUCUGUCGGACAGGGCCUCUUUGGUGUUCGCGGCUGUGCGCGCGCUUAGCGGCGACAACGGCGCGCACUUCGUCUCAUGGGCGAGGUUUAAGGGUUUGGUUCUGCAAGGAAUGGGCGUCGCCGCCGGAAUCGAGGGGGCCGAGGACGGAACGGAAGCGCGGACAGGUCAAGUAGAUCCACGAACUUUCAGGACGGAACAAGAUACAGGGAGAGCGGAACAGCGGAACGCUGACACGAGCGGAACGGAGUCGGACAGCGAGGAGGAGAGCGCUCGCGGAGAAGCGUCUCCCGAGCGGUCGCCCCUCUCGAGCGAAACUCCGAAGCGGCGGACACGUGUCACAACCAGGGACGCAACAGGUGUCCCAAUUCCGGACGCCGCAGAAGCGACUUCGGACGCAACCGGAGAGGAUCCGUACGGUCACCUGCCGGGCUUCGCGGAGCAGCUCGAGCUGUUCCGGCGGAACCGGGAGUCCUCCGGAAGCGCGGAGUCCCUGGUCGAGCGGCUGACGUCGUUCCUGUUGGAUCGGCUGGCGGCGCGGCUGACGUCAGCGGAGGCUCGGACGCUUCGGGGAGUGGUUACCGGUCGUCUUUUGGCCGCGGAAGGCUUCGCGGGACGGGAUGAGUGGGAGUGGAUCGCCUCCCGGGGGAUGCGCGCGGGCACAGGGGGCCCUGGAGCGGAUGAUGACGUCCGCAUGACGUCAACGGGGGAGUUGGUAGCCAGCUCUGGGAAGGAUGAAGCAGAAGACUUGGGGAUGGCUCCGUCAGAAACAAAGCGGACGCCAAACUUGGCGGCAGGAGAAAGCCGCGCAACUGAAACGGUGGCGAAAGAAGAAAGAAUGAACGAAAAUGGGCGACCCGGCUCAGCCAAGGCAGCGCAAUUGGGUCGCCUCGCCGAAUUGCGGCGAGAGUUCCCCGGAGGGCCGAACCCUUUCGCAGUCGCGCUGAAAGACCUCAAGGGUACGCUGGGGCGGUUAGUGGAAAACAAGGACGGGAUGUCACCGGGACCGGAACCGGAAUCUGGUCCCCAAAGUCUGCCAACAUUUGCUGCAUACUUGGCAGCGUGCAAGUCUGAGCCGGCGAGCGAAAAGCUGGGGAUCUUGCAACACGUGGCGCUCUUUAAAGCGCUGCAUCCGGACGCAUUAGCGUCCGCACUGGCGUGGCUGUCCGCAAAUCUGCUCGGAGCGCCGGCGGAUUUGCAUCCGGACAGUGACGUCACUGUGCACACAGAAUCGGACGUCAUUUGCGGUGUGGCCGGAAGCGGCGUGGAUUUGGGUCGAAGUCCCCGGGCGGGCCUCGAGUCGCAGCAGCUGACGUUGAGCGGAACAGGUGACCUGGGGGUGUUGGGAAUUCCGUCGGUACAACGGAACCGGAAGGCGUCAGCGGAACGCGCUCUGCGCUUGGUGAAGCAGGCUCUCGGGGAGACUUCGGUCCAGAGACCUCUGGUGGUUGUCCGAGCUUCGAGCGGGUUCGCGGUGGUUGACGUCAUCAACCGUUUGGCGAAAGUGGAAGAGAUGCCGAGUGACGUCAUCGCGACGGUGUGCCUGGGACAGAACCACGGCGGCGAGGCGGAGGAGGCUAUUCACACCGCCCAGAGGAGCGGCGGAUGGGUGUGCAUCCUGGGGCUAGAGACAGAGCCUGAGUGGAGCAAAAGGUUAUGCGAGCUCAUAUACGAGAUCGCGGGGGGGAAGAGCUAUGUGCACCCCACGUGCCGACUGUGGGUCCAUUACCAGCUUCGCGAAAGCGACGCAGAGAGGCAGAUCGAGUCAGAUAGCAAAGAGCUUGGAAGGCCGUUGCCGGAGGGGUUCCUCGCCAGUACCACUUGCAAUAUUGUAUGCAUUGGUUAGCAUACAAUUUAGACAGGGUUCGCUGCACGCGAUGGAUCGGACCAACUUAAGGUGUCUGGCAAUAUCAGGUGCUCACAGUGACAGUCAAAGCGGUUAAUUUUCAAAGACGUCGAUUGUAGUCAUGAGAUCUGAAGAGACGCGGCUUGCGCCUACGACAUCGAUACAGCGAGAUACGAAGGCAGAAUAUUCCAAUCGGGCGG